CGUCGUUUAGCGCCAUUUGGCGACAGCUGCGCCGGGCGGCGGUGCGGCCGACAUGGCGUCGCCCUUCAGCGGGGCGCUGCAGCUGACAGACCUAGAUGACUUCAUCGGGCCGUCUCAGGACUGCAUCAAGCCGGUGAAGGUAGAUAAGAAGCCAGGAAGUGGCGUGGCCAAGAUCCACAUAGAAGAUGACGGAAGUUACUUCCAAGUGAAUCCUGACGGGGGAACCCAGAAGCUAGAGAAAGCCAAGGUCUCACUCAAUGACUGCCUGGCGUGCAGUGGCUGUGUCACCUCAGCAGAGACAGUCCUCAUCACCCAGCAGAGCCACGAGGAGCUGUGGAAAGUUCUAGAUGCUAAUAAGACAGCAGCGCCUAGUCAGCAGCAGCUGGUGGUGGUAUCCAUCUCGCCUCAGUCUACCGCGUCCCUGGCUGUGAGGUUUCAGCUGAAUCCCACAGACACUGCCAGGAAAUUAACUUCAUUCUUUAAAAAAAUAGGGGUGCACUAUGUAUUCGACACCGCCUUCUCCAGGAACUUCAGCCUCCUGGAGAGCCAGAGAGAGUUUGUGCGGCGAUUCCGAGGCCAGGCUGACUCCAAAGAGGCCUUGCCUGUGCUAGCUUCCGCCUGCCCAGGCUGGAUCUGCUAUGCUGAGAAGACCCACGGCAGCUUCGUCCUGCCCUACCUCAGCACGGUGCGGUCCCCACAGCAGGUCAUGGGCUCCCUGGUCAAGGACUUCUUCACCCAGCAACAGCACCUGACCCCCGACAGGGUCUAUCACGUCACAGUGAUGCCCUGCUACGACAAAAAACUGGAAGCAUCUAGACCCGACUUCCUCAGCCAGCAGUACCAGGCUCGUGAUGUGGACUGCGUGCUCACCACAGGGGAAGUCUUCCAGAUGCUGGAAGAAGAGGGGGUCUCACUCUCAGAGCUGAAGCCAGCCCCUCUGGAUGGCCUGACCAGCAGCACGAGUGACGAGCCCACCAGCCACCGGGGCGGGGGGUCUGGAGGGUACCUGGAGCACGUGUUCCGGUACGCAGCCCGGGAGCUCUUCGGGAUCCACGUGGAUGAGGUUACCUACAGACCCUUGAGGAACAAGGACUUCCAGGAGGUGGCCCUGGAAAGGGAGGGCCAGGUGCUGCUGCACUUUGCCAUUGCCUACGGUUUUCGCAACAUCCAGAACCUUGUGCAGAAGCUGAAACGGGGCCGCUGCCCCUACCAGUAUGUGGAGGUCAUGGCCUGCCCCUCAGGCUGCUUGAAUGGUGGGGGCCAGCUCAAGGCCAUGGACACACCCAGCAAGCAGCUUCUCCUGCAGGUGGAGAGAAAGUACAGCAUGGUCAAGACAAGCACACCAGAGGAUAUACCUGAAGUCCAGGAGUUGUACCAGCACUGGCUGCAGGGUGAGGGCUCGGAGCUGGCAAGCCGCCUGUUGCACACCCAGUACCAUGCGGUGGAGAAGCCUAGUUCAGGCCUCAGCAUCCGGUGGUAGGAGCCCACCUAGUAAGGCCUCACAUCCUAAACCCCAGGGCCUUCUCCAAAACUCAGAGUGAGCUGCAGGAACGUGCACAGGGAUGGCCAGCAAACAUAGCCUGUGCAUCUAGACUGGCCCUGCUGGGAUGGGGCAGCCAAAGAGAGAUUCCAGAACCUCCUUCUCUGGCCAGAGCUAAGGCGCAGGGGCACAGACACCCCUAUUCCUGGCCGAGGUGACCCACUCCUGGUGAACCUCAUUCCUGCUCUCCAGGGCUGAGCUAGUGCAGGUGUAUGGCAGGACUGGACUGUUCCACAUGGGGCUGACAGGGAGGAGUGCCUAAGGUCCUGGAAACCAGGUGUGUGUUAGGAAAAUUCGGGCCUGGGACCUGACUGUAGUCUUACCUACACAGCUGGCCCUCACCAGGCCCACCUCACCUGACCCAGUCUUGUCCUAAUAAAGAGAUGUUGUUCGGCA